AUGUCACCGCUACCGUCCAUUGUAUUGGGUCCAUUGUCCAUUGGCGUCGUCGUCUCGAGCAUUCUAUUCGGGAUAACCUGCCUACAACUGUAUCUCUAUUACACGAGAUUCUCGAACAAGGACGGAAUCACUCUCAAACUUUAUGUCGCUGCGCUCAUGACAAUCGAUAGUUUGCACGUCGUAUUGCUAAUACUGACGAACUAUCAUUACACUGUGACGUCGUUCAAUGACCCGCUCGCAGAUCUUACCCGUAUCGAUAUCAGGGCCCUCUUGGGUCAGGUCACUGUCGGUGGUGUACUAGGUGCUAUGGUCCAACAGGUUGAGAUUAUACACCUCACCAAAGCCGAUGCACUACUGCCAUACACCGUAGCCGGCUUGGGGGUCGGCAUAGCAUGCGAUUUGCUGAUUGUCGUCACCCUCAUUUACUACCUGCGCGUGAGACGGACGGGUUUCCCUAAGACGAAACGUGCCAUUAAUCUGCUCAUCGUGUAUGCAUUGAACACAUGUAUGCUUACUACGAUGUUUGCGGUUUUGCACCUCAUAACGUUUCUCAUCUACUCUGAGACCAUGGUGUACACUGUCUUCUGGUUUGUCCUGAUUCGCCUGUACACCUGCACCACACUCUCGACGUUGAACUCGAGGGAAACCGUGAAACACGUCCUCGAAGCCCACGGCCUCAUCAGCAUCCCGAUUGUCGAAGCCCAGAGGGUCCACACAGAGGCCAAUUCGGAACUGUCCGCACAGAUGCGCUCCAAACGGGCACCUCCUUCUACGCAGCUGGACUUCGAUGGAACGUAUGCAGGAGGCUUCUAGGAGGUUAGUGGAAACGCUGUGAUAUGUGUAGGAUUGGAGUCCUCCGGGUCGAAAACCCCGGGCCAUCAACGGGGGGGCAUUAUCCUAUCCCAUCCUAUAUCCUAUAUAUCCUAUACUAGCGGAUACCCGUGCUCCGCUACGGUUGAGCAGCAUUGCAUUGAAGGCCUUAUUGUUGUCUAUCAUAUCGCAGCAACGUAACAGUUCUAUGCCGG